UGCAGCAAAACAAGGAAAACAUCAAGUAGGGACGCAGGUGACACUUACAGCUUGAAAAUAAACAAAACGUGUUCAUUCGAUUCGCGCUCUGCUUGUUGUUUAGUAGUCUCAUCCACGUUAGCUACACAGCAAAACAUUGCCAUAUAGCCAUAAGAAAGCGUUUUUAUAAAAGCACAUGCACAACAAGAAGCAUUUUAGCCUAUCAUGUGAAUAACAUACAUCUAAACGGGACAUAUGACAAUUCGGCUGUAUUACCUUAACGAAAUAAUUCAUCUAAAAAGAGCCGAAGAUCAGAAGACAACACUCUAUUCCAUUCGCUUGUUCGUGGUUCAAAAGGCCACGCCCAUCACCACGGAGGGAACAAGGACAUUCACAGUAACCCCGCCCACUGCAACAGUAUUUCACGGACACUGAUUAUUACGCAACAACGGCUUGAGCGCAGAGGAGUACUUGGGGCAGAAGAUAAAACAGACUCAAAACACUUUCUACAAGUAAACUAAUGCAUGUUGUUUUUCUACAUGUAACUUAUAGUAAAUGAACAUGACGCAGAACCAUAUCACGUGAGGUUCAGAGUUCACCAGACGUCGCGCGGAGCAGGCCUACUGCUGCAGACAAGUUAAGAGUUAAGAGGGGAAUCAUCGAGUUAAGCGGGCAGUUCCUGGACUUUUAGAUUCACUGUGCAGCAUCACUGUCAGCUCUCGCUGCUUUCUUCGAUUGAUGUUACGGAAUCUGUAUCUCAUCUGAAAAUUUCUGCGGAAAAGGGAUGGAAAAACUAUCUGACAGAGAGGCUACUUCCAGUCCUGAUCCCGUAACCAGAGAUCAGUUCACCAAGUACUCAUGUGGGCUGACACUUGAUUUAAACACGCUGUCUAAACACCUCCGUCUGUCUGAGAGGAACCGAGUGAUCCAAUUCUCUUAUACAGACCAGGAGUAUCCUGAUCAUCCAGAAAGAUUCGGCUGUUGUCAGGUGUUGUGUAAGGAGAGCGUGUGUGGACGCUCUUACUGGGAGAUCAAGUGGACUGGUCGUGUGUAUAUAUCAGUGUCAUAUAAGAGCAUCAGGAGGCAAGAAUCGAGUCAUGGGUCUGACUUUGGACGUAACGAUAAAUCUUGGAGAUUGUACUGCUCUGAAUCCAGAUUCUCAUUCUGUCAUGAUGACAAAUGGAUUAAUCUGCCUGCAAUGCCAAGCUCUGCAAGAAUCGGAGUGUAUGUGGAUGAGGGAGCAGGAAUUCUGUCCUUCUACAGCGUCUCUGACACCAUAAUGACCCUCAUCCACAGCAUCAACACCACAUUCACAGAACCACUCUAUCCUGGAUUUGCAAUUAUUUCCAUUCAUUCUAAAGUGACACUCUGUGAUCUUAAAAUGUAGUUGCAGAAAUUAAACUAAUGCUGUAGAUCUGCUUCCCCAGUUAUCACCGUUACAUAUUGAUGAGGUAUUUAUCAGAUUAUAUUCAGGACAAAGACAAACCAAAUCAUUUUUAUACAACGUAAUUGGAAUUCUCAUAUUAGUGCAAACGUUGGAGUUGAACGUUGUUGGAAAGUGGCGAAUAACUCCCAAAUUCAAUUAAAAUGAGUCAUUAUAGCAGUGGUGUAACCAUGGAACGGAUCACAAAACUCCCGGUUUGGAUCAUUUUAUGGAUUUUGGUUGACGGAUCGGAUCAUUUUUCAGAUCAUUUUAUACAUAUGCACAUCAUCAUUUGAUUAUAAUAUCAGCUGUGUGGAUAAUUUUAUGAAAAUGUUGUGAAAAUACCCUGAUAAUAUCAACAGAUUCGUUUAACAUCUUGUUCCUUAACCAUUAUUAUUUAUCUUUUAGACUAUGUCGUUCAGUAUACAUGCAAGUAUUAAAAUAAUGGCAUUUUGAGGUAUUUUGAGGUGGCAAUCAUCGAGUAAGUAUCUUGACUGACUUUCUCUCUAUUACUUAAUUAUGAGGGAGCGGAUUAAGAAAUAUUUUAAGUAAAAAUAAUCAAACUUACCUUCAUUUAAUGAUUGUAAAUGGUAGUAACAGCAUAGAUACAUAUAGGCUGUUGGGAUCAAAAAUAAGCAGCCAUUACAGUGGAAAAAGCCUAAAACUCAGUUUUAUUUAAAGUUAUUUAACUGUUUGCCACCAGGUGGUAUUAAUCCGCUCCAAUAUAUGAUCAUUAAAUUACACAAGUGCAAUUUUUUGAAUAUUACAGUUGUGAGGUAAUAAAAGAUGUGCAUUUGCAUUAUGCUGCUGUUCUUUUAAAACCUCAUGUCUCCAUGUUUUGUAUUGUUUUUCCAUACAGUAAAUCACGGUUAGUCAGCCUUUAUGUUUGUCUUUGGAUUUUGCAAAUAUCUUAGCAAUAAAAAGUGCUUGACAACAUUGA